AUGUCGACCCCCAACCAAGCGGAGUCAUCAACCUCUGGCGAUGGAGCUGUUCCUGCGCCUGUUCAGGUAGUCCCACCACCUCUGUCAACAAAUAGAUACACCAUGGCCUCCGAGGCAUUGCACAGAUUGUUCGUUGAGAGCGGACUUUCUAGGGAGGAAUCAAAAACCUUUUGGAAUGUGAUGAACGACUAUGUUGUUGGUGAGAUGCACACACUGUACUUCUCCCAAACUGCCACCCCAGAGGAACGUACUCUCUGUCGCAUCAAGAUCUUCAGCGAGAUUUUGGUAAAGAUUAGGACCUGGGCUAGCUCCACUUGCCGUUGGAGUGACGACAUGUGUUCGGGUGAUCCUGUCAAGAUCUCUGCCAUCGAGCAGAAGGUUCACAUUCUUCUGGGGCAAGCAAUCACCUGCUUCGAGCUUGCAGUGACUGCCUACAUUCGCACUGGUAGACACUACCUCUGGCUCAUGCAGGAUAGAGUGACUGAUCCUCCCAAGGAGUGGCAAAACUACUUUGAAAUCCAGGGUACUCGGAUUUCGUAUCGUUAA